UAAAAACCCUCCUCUGAUCAUCACCUCAUAUAGGGCCUCUCAUUCACAUGCUUCCUUCUGUGCUGUCAGGUAGAGCUCUUGGUGUGUGUUGAAAUCUGUUGUGCUGCAGUCUAAUACAACCAGAGAGUUUACUUACAGUCUUCAGAGUCUUCAAAUCCUAUUGACCAUGUCCAUCCAGUCAUUCCAAAACCAACAUGAGGAGGCCUACGCCUCCCUGAUGAGAGGCAUGAAGGAGCUGGAACUACAGGGACCCUGUGUUCCCAGUGACCUGCUGCUGAUCGGAGACCAUGCCUUUCCUUUGGCAAUGAACAGCCGAGGCCAUGUGCUGAUGGCUGCCUCUCUGUAUGGCAGUGGAAGGAUUGUGGUCCUGGGUCAUGAGGGCUACCUGACUGCCUUUCCUGUUCUGGUAGAAAAUGCUGUGACCUGGCUGAGAGGUGAUAGAUCUGAUAACCUCUCUGUAGAGGUGCACAGAAAUGUCAGUGCAGUUGCUGAUAACCUCCAAAAAUCCAGCUUCCAAGCAGAAGUUGUGGGGGCCUUCAGUGACAACCCAGAGGUUGGUGUUUAUGUGACAGACACCUACAGCGUGGGUUCAGACCCGAAGGAGCUGGUGUCGUUUCUGAAAGCCGGAGGAGGGGUGCUGAUAGCGGGGCAGGCGUGGAGUUGGGCUGCAGAUCACCCCAAAGAGAACACGCUGCAUCAGUUUGAUGGGAAUAAAGUGUCGGGUGUGGCAGGGAUCUACUUCUCUGAUCAUCCGGGCGAUGUGGAGAAUCUGCCUGUCUACCCUCAGAUCCCUUCUUCCUGGAUGUCUGUAGUCAUUGGUAAAGAUUUUGAGGACGACCUGCAGUUCUUGCUCCAGGGGAUUUCAGAGUUUGAGCUCCCACCUGGGUCUACUGCUUCUGAGCUUCUAGUCCACGGCCCACUAGCUUUUCCCAUCGGGACCACAAAUGAUGGACAGGUCUUCCUGGCAGGAAGCUACUAUGGACAGGGACGAGUUAUUGUGACAACACAUGAAGGAUACUUGGGAACAGAGAGCUUGGCUCCAUUCUGGCAAAACGCCAUCCACUGGUUGGAUGAAGGCCGCAGAGGGGUUGUUGGCUGUACGAUGGAUCGUCCACUCAAUAUUCUCAGUGAGUCAGGGCUGCAGUGUGAGACGACAGACUUCAGGAAAGACCUCAGCGUGUUUGUGUGUACGGCGUAUAUCACUGAGCAAUUGGAGGAAAUCCAAAACUUCGUGGCAGAGGGAGGAGGCCUGCUGAUUGGAGGACACGCCUGGUGGUGGGCACAGACACAUGAUGGGCAAAAUGUCCUAACAGAAUUCUCAGGGAACAAGCUCCUGAACAAAAUGGGACUGAGCGUGUUGGGAUCAACGCUCGAAGGAGGAUCAUACAAAGCCCCUGAUCCCAGCCAGGCUAUUAGAGAUACCUACCACUUCCGCCAUCUUCUACACUGUUUCGCUGCCCAUGUGACUACAGAUGAACAACUUAGCGAGCAUGAAGAGAGAAACCUGAAAAGGCUGGGCUACGACUGCAACACUUACUUGCAGAUGAAAGCCUAUAACUCCGCCCACUACAGACAAGUGCUGACCGCACUUACUGAGGUGUUGAUGAGGUCAGGCCUGCCACAGGUGAGUGAAAGCUGCCCUGUAAGGAGUCCCAAAGACCGCCUCCUUCUCACAGUGGGGCCAGAGUUAUAUAAGGUUUCCCCAAAUCCUGAUGCCCUCCUGCCCCACCUCCUCAAGAACAAUCCACUGAUGCCCGUUGUCUAUAACCACCGGAUCAAUAUUGAUGUCAAGACAGCAGAUGGGGAAGAGUGGAUCAGUACAGGUCUCUACCUCUCUCCUGGUAUGAAGACCUACGUGGCCAUACCACCUCAGAUUGUCAACAAGGAUUGGAAGAUUCAGAUAGGCUGUCAAGCUGAUAGACUGUACCAUCAUGAUGAGCUGAAAAGACCACCGUGUGUUCUUGAGCGAUUUGAUGUCAGUUCAGAGAUGAUACAGAUUUACAACCUUUGGGGAGGACUCAUCUACCUGGUGGCCCCACCCAAUACACAAGUGGAGGAAGUGGAGGUCAUAGUGCAAAUGGCUAUACAUGCUCCAUAUUAUAAGUCUGGUGUGACAACUGUGGCUGAGUGGUCAUUGCUGCGCACAGCUCCUUCACCCUGGGCAGAGUUGGAGUUUGAGAACAUCAUCCUCAUCGUGCCAUCAGAUGCUGUUCGGGACCUGGAACGACCAGAUGAGCUGGCUGCUCUUUGGGAUGAAAUCAUGAGGGCUAUUGCAGAUCUGGCUGCCAAACCACACAAAUUUCCCCGCAAAGAGCGCUUUGUGUCAGAUGUGCAGAUUUCUCAUGGUUAUAUGCAUGCAGGUUAUCCUGUCAUGGCACAUUCAGACGCAGCUGCUGAACUGGUCGGUGCUAAGAAAGGUAAAGGCAUGUGGGGCCCCAUCCAUGAGCUGGGACACAACCAACAGAGAGGCUGCUGGGAGUUCCCAUCACACACCACAGAGUGCACAUGCAACCUGUGGUCAGUGUACGUCCAUGAAGAGGUGCUGGGCAUCAACAGAGCACAGGCUCAUGAAGCUGUAAAUGCAGAAAACCGAAUAAAUCGAAUGGAGGAUUACAUCAAGGGAGGCAGAAAUAUCGACAGCUGGAGCAUGUGGGUGGCCCUGGAAACAUAUCUGCAGCUCCAGGAAAAGUUUGGCUGGGAUGCCUUUAAGAAGGUGUUUGCUGCUUACCACCACAUGAGCAACUUCCCCGGUGACAACAAAGGAAAGAUGAACCUGUAUGCUGAGACUUUCUCCCAGACUGUGGGGAUGAACCUGACUGGAUUCUUUAAGGCCUGGGGCUGGCCCAUUGAAACAGCCACUGAAGAGAAACUGUCCAGUCUGCCUCCCUGGAGUGAUCACCCCUUGAGCCAGUAUGACUGAACCUGGUUUCAAUGAGUACUGAUAGCUUUGCAUGAAGCGUACAAUGGGCAAUACCGUGAUCUGACUUUAUUCUUUGUUAUAGUAGUUUAUAGUAUCUGAAUAGAGAAACAGAAAUAAUGUACUGUAGUUGCAGAUUUUGAAAUUGACCUAAUUAUGAUAUUAUUGUUGAGAGAAAGUAUAGUGGGCUUUUAUUUACAGGUAGCAUCCAGGCAGACUCGACUUAAAUCAUGUCAAGGCGUUCCACUACUGUGGCACAUAUAUUGAAAUCAUUCAUCUUCCAGUGUGCUCUAAGUACUCUUAAAACACUAAUACUGUUGAAGAUGUGGAUUUUCCUAGCUUUUCUAAUGUAUUUCUAUGUUUAAAUUAAAUUCUGGGGCAUAAUACAUUGGUCAGACUUCAAUUAAAAUAAUUUUUUGUGUUUAAUUUCACUGCGCUAAUAUCUGUUUGCUCUCAAUUGAAUCAACACUAAUAAACAUUCAUUUGACCUCUCAUUGAUUUCCUUUCUCAUUCAGCUCUUGAGUGACACGAGUUUAGGGUCAAUCACUUCUAUGUUGAAGGAGAUUAUAUGCCAGAUUUCUCCAGUGCUGUUUGUAUGAAUCCAUGUGUAUUGUUUAUUUGGGAUGUAGGACCAAAAAUGUUCCAAACAUUCUCAAUAAUAUAAUCUAUGUC